GCCCGAGUCGAGAGGGGAGCUCCGCGUUAACCUCGAAGCGCCGAGGCUUCAGACAGCCGGCGCUUUCAGGGGACGCAAACAGCCGCGAGCCAGAGCCGUAACCUGGUCUCCCGUUAGCAGGUCCCUGGAUGCCCCGCGGCGCCCCGUCCUCGGCCGUGCAGUGCUUCCCAAUGGCCGGAAGUUGACCCCGCCCACCAGGAUGACGCUGCGCGAGCGGCUGAGAGAGAAGAUCUCGGCGGCGUUCUACAGCCACGGGCUGCUGUGCGCCUCCUACCCAGUGCCCAUCAUCCUCUUCACCUCCGCCAGCAUCCUCGCCUGCUGCUAUCCGUUAUUGAGGCUUCCCCUUCCCGGGACGGGUCCCGUGGAGUUCACCACAGGGGUGCGAGACUACAGCGUCCCUUCCCAUGAGCCUCAGGGAGACCUCGGAGAACGACCCGACUGGUACCGGGGUCCUCCGGUCGCCUACAUCCAGCAGGUGUUGGUGAAGGCGGCGGUGUCUCCGUGGGACAGCAGCCUGGUGCCGGUGGACGUGUUUCGGUCGCCGCUGGGCCGAGCCUUCAGCCUGCUGGAGGAGAUACGCAACCACGUCCACUCUGACGGCUCCGGCGUUCGCAGCCUGGAGACGCUGUGUCUCCAGGUGACGGACCUGUUCCCGGGGUUACGGCGGAUGCAGUCGGUGCUGCCCGAGCACGGCUGCCUGCUCGUGUCGCCCGGCAACUACUGGCAGAACCAGCGGGAGCUGUUCGACUUGGACCCCGACCUCCUCAAGACCAUCCAGAAGCACGAGCCGAAGGGCCUGCACACCUCGGCCACGCUGCGAGACCUGCUGUUCGGCGUCCCUGGGAAGUACACCGGGGUCAGCCACUACAACAGGAAGCGGGUGGUGACGUACACCAUCACCGUGGUGCUGUCCAGCUACGAUGCGAGGUUCCUGGGCAGCCUGCGGGGCCGUCUGAAGCAGCUCCACCCGUCGGCCAACUGCAGCCUGAGAGACGACCACAUGGUCCACGUCCACUUCAAAGAGGAGAUCGGCAUUGCCGAGCUCAUCCCCGUCACCACCUACAUCAUCCUGUUCGCCUACAUCUACUUCUCCACACGUAAGAUCGACAUGGUGAAGUCUAAGUGGGGUCUGGCUCUGGCCGCCGUGGUCACGGUGCUCAGCUCCCUGCUCAUGUCCGUGGGCCUCUGCACGCUGUUCGGCCUCACGCCCACGCUCAACGGAGGGGAGAUUUUUCCCUACCUGGUGGUGGUGAUCGGCCUGGAAAACGUCUUGGUCCUCACCAAGUCCGUGGUGUCCACCCCUGUCGACCUCGAGGUCAAACUCCGCAUCGCUCAGGGUCUAAGUAAUGAGAGCUGGUCUAUCAUGAAGAACAUGGCCACUGAACUGUGCAUCAUCCUCAUUGGAUAUUUCACUCUGGUGCCGGCUAUCCAGGAGUUCUGUCUGUUUGCGGUGGUUGGGCUGGUGUCUGACUUCUUCCUGCAGAUGUUCUUCUUCACCACGGUGCUAUCUAUAGACAUCCGACGCAUGGAGCUGGCGGAUUUGAACCGCCGGCUGCCGGCCGAAGCGGGUCUGCCGCCACCCAAGCCGGGUCCGCUGCGUAUACGAGAGGUCCCCCCUCCGCCGCGGCCCUCCCCCCACACGAUCACCCUGCAGACCCCGUCCUUCAGGAACCUCCGGCUCCCCAAGAGGCUGCGCGUGGUGUACUUCCUGGCCCGCACGCGCCUGGCUCAGCGCAUCAUCAUGGUCGGCACGGUGAUCUGGAUCGGCAUCCUCGUCUACACCGACCCGGCCGGGAUACGCACCUACCUGGCCGCGCAGGUGUCCGAGCAAAGCCCCCUGGGAGAUCCCGGAGGAGGCGGCCUGGCCCCUCACCUCGGGGUGGCGCCCGUCUUCCGCGGAGGCGAUCCCACCAGCGCCCUCGGCAUCCGCCCGCCGCCGGAUCCCACCCCCUUACCCGAGAACCAGUCACAGGGCCACCACGGCGCCGCCCAGGCGGGGCCCCUCCCCCAGGUCCCGCCCCCCGCCGUGCCCCAGAUCACCUGGGGGCCGGAGGACGAGGAGGGCUGGAGGAGGCUGUCCUUCAGGCACUGGCCGUCGCUCUUCAGCUACUACAACAUCACUUUAGCCAAGAGGUACAUCAGCAUCCUGCCCGUCAUCCCCGUCACGGUACACCUGAGUCCUCAAGAGGCCGUCGAGACGCGGCACCCUCAGGACACGAGGCACCCCCCUCCAUCCAUUCCCAAAGUGUCUGCAGAUCUACAGACGGACCUCACACUGUACAAGGUGGCAGCUCUGGGCCUGGCGGCCGGCGUCCUCCUGGUCCUGCUGCUCUUCUGUCUCUACCGGGUCCUCUGCCCGCGCAACUACGGCCAGAACGGCGUGGUGCACGGGCGCCGGCGCCGAGGGGACCUGCCCUGCGACGACUACGGCUACUCGCCGCCCGUCAGCGAGAUCUCGCCGCUGCUGCUGAGGGGCCACAGCAUGGACAUCGAGUGCCUGGCCAGUGACGGGAUGCUGCUGGCCAGCUGCUGCCUGGCCGGACAGAUUCGGGUCUGGGACACUCAGACCGGCGACUGUUUGACCGUCAUCCCGAACGACGGGCUCCGACGGAGCGGCAGCAGCAGCGGCUGCUGCGAGCAGCGCGACGGCUGGGACGGCGGCUACGGGGCGGCGGAGUCGGGGCUCCUCGGCCCCGAGACGCUCGGCCCCGCCUGCGCCGGCCUACCGGAGGAAGAGGAGGAGGAGGAGGAGGAGGAGGGAGGGGGCUACCCGCUGAGGCGCCGCGCCGUGCCCUCGUGGCCGACUCUGUUCAACGACCAGCCCGACCUCACCCCGCUCAUCGACACCAACUUCGCCUCGCAGCCGCCCUCGCACCUCUGCACGCCGCCCCUGCACGGCUUUGACUUCGGGGGUCUGGUGGAGCGCGCCUACAUGGAGCACGAGCCCCCCUCGCCGGCCACCUACCCCUCUCCCUCCUCCUCCUCGCCGCCGCCCUCGGGGGCUCGGCUCCACAGCCGGCCCGGCUCGGGGGACGCGGCCGCCUACUCGGCCCAGGACAGAGCGUCCGCGGCGGGGACGCAGGCGGCGGCGGGGGAGAGCUCCGUCUGGGCCCUGGAGCUGAGAGGGAACCUGAUAGCUGCAGGGAGGAGCAGCGGGAAACUGGAGCUGUGGGACGCAAUAGAGGGGUCGCUCCGCUGCGUCAACGAAGACGGAGGGUCCGGCAUCACGGCGCUCGCCUUCCUCAACAACAGAAUCGUCGCGGCGCGGCUGAACGGGUCUCUGGAUUUCUUCACCGUCGAGAUAAACAAACCUCUGGGUCUGCUGCAGUACCGAGGUGCCCCUGGGCGGGGCAGCGUGCCUCCCUCCCCCUGUUACAGCAGCGAUGACGUCAUCAGCUGCCAGCUCACGCGCUCGGUCCAGUGCGCCCACCAGAAGCCGAUCACGGUGCUGCGGGCGGCGGCCGGCCGGGUCGUCACCGGCAGCCAGGACCACACCGUCCGGGUGUACCGCCUGGAGGACUCGUGCUGCCUCUUCACGCUGCAGGGCCACUCUGGAGGGAUCACGGCCCUCUACAUCGACCAGACGAUGGUUCUGGCGAGCGGCGGCCAAGACGGCGCCAUCUGCCUGUGGGACGUCCUGACGGGGAGUCGCGUCAGCCAUGUUUACGGUCACCGCGGCGACGUCACGUCGCUCGUCUGCACCACCUCUUGCGUCAUCAGCUCGGGACUGGAUGACCUCAUCUGUGUCUGGGACCGCAGCACCGGGAUCAAGCUCUACUCCAUCCAGCAGGAGUUGGGUUGCGGGGCCAGCCUGGGGGUGAUCUCCGAGUCCCUCCUGGUGACGGGGGGCCAGGGCUGCGUCUCCUUCUGGGACCUGAACUUCGGCGACCUGCUGCAGACGGUCUACCUCGGCCAGAGCAGCGACGGCCAGGGCGUCCGGCAGCUGCUCGUGCUCGACAACGCCGCCAUCAUCUGUGACUUUGGCAGCGAGCUCAGCCUGGUGUACGUUCCCUCUGUGCUUGAGAAACUCGACUGAGGUGGGCGCCGGGAAAGAAAGGACAAAACACGCACUCGGAGCGUCCUUCUUCCCGCUCAUCGACCUCGACUCGCCUCUUCUUUUCUCUCUCGUGUUGUUUCCGACACCCAGAGGACACAAAAGCUCUUUUUGUGUUGUUUUUGAGUACGAGCCUGGAUGUGAUGAGCGGAGGACUGAUUGUGCAACCCGCUGCAUCGUCUAAGAGGAGGAGGAGGAGGAGGCCGACGGACCCUUUGAUCCCCCAGUCGGUGACAUUUAGGAGGGCCAAGAAAAGCUGGAUGUGUGUCACUCUUAGAGGAGCCACCCGUCGCCAGAGCUUUUCCCUUUUUUUUAUUUUUUCUAUGAGUUUUUGUUGUUGUUGUGGCUCUGCCCUCUAUGCUGCUUAUUCGGGUGGGGCCUCACUGUGACCCCCACCCGCCCAGAGAGGAAGAUAAGUGUCUCCUUUAAAAAAAAAUGUAUUUUAUAUUCCUGCUGCCUCUUUCGCUCAGACAGCAAAGUGCAGCCACGGCGAGCUCUUCAGGCCGAGGCCCGAUGGGAUGAGCUGUAGUGUGUGUUGGAGACUGAAUGAAUGAAUCUAGGCCCUUUUAUGGCAUAACACUGCUGAGAACAAAAACUGGUUGAGUGUGAGCGUGUGUGUGUGUGAGAACUGAUGAUUACUGUACAAAGUAAACCUGUUUUUAUAUGUAUAAUUCUAUUAUUUAUUAGCGAUACCUUUUUCUUUGAAUAACGGUUUGUUUAAGAAUGGCUGAUCCCAGCUUUUAAACGAGACUAAAACAAAUUGAAUUAAUUAAAUACAUGUAAGAUGAUGAUGAUUAUCAAUUCGGGGCGGGGGAGGGGAGGCGUAUAAAGCGAUUUACUUGUGAAGUUGAACUGGAAACACUGAAGUGAAAGGCCCCCCCUCGACCUCUGAGGGUUACUGAUGUAAGAGCCCCCCCCCCCACAUGCUACACCUUCAUCAGGCUACCUCCAUUCUUUUCUAACAUGCUUAAAUUUUGGAUGAGAAUACUGACUUAGUUCUGCACAGGCUGUCGUUAGCCGACGUCAUGUUUACAUUGGCUGUCGUAUUUUUUGAAUAAAUUGUGCCCUUUUUAGAGAUUAAAAAAAAAGAAACUGCUGUAGCUGCUUCACCUCUAGACUGUUUUGGCCCCGGAGCCACGACUAAAGUUACGUUAAUGUUCUUUAUCCAGCGAGCCAGGGAGAAAUGUGAAGAAGAUGGUGGUUAGUUUGUCCUCUCGUCUGGUGUCUCUUUUAAAAACAGCUGAUUGAUGCACCUGUCAGCUACUAAUAUAUAAAUAUUUAUAUAUAUUAUCUAUAAAUAAAUAUUUAUAUAUAUACACACAUGGAUGCUUUUAUUGUGCUCAAUUGUUUUAAGAUGAUGGUGCAUUUUUUUUUCCGGAGUCAAUUUUAGCGAACUGAUUACAACAUAUCCUAAAAUCUGAAGCGACAGAUUUUUUUUAACAUAAAAAAAAAAAUUACACUGACGGUACAAACAAGAAAUAAUUUCUCAUUCACUGUCGAUGUGCAAAGUCAGAUCUUCAAGAGGAAUAACACAUUUCCACAAGCUUCACAUUAUAUAUACAUAAUAAAUAUAUGUAUAUACACACAGAACUCCUACUGAAGCCAUUGAAGCCUCCGAUGCAGCUUUAAAUGCACUGAUCUGAGAACAGUUCUUAAGAACAGCCCCGAUCGGCACUGCACAUGUGCACAGAGGAGCGUUACGAUGCCUUCAGGCUCUCAUCAGUAAAAAAAUUAAUAAUAAAGUAUCGGGAAAACAACUCUAAAUGUUUUCAUAUAUUAAAAAUAUUGCACAGCAGCAUCGUGCCGACUCCGCUCAGUGCAUCAAUCGGUUGAUUUAAUUGGGCGGAUGCAUAAUUUAAGUCUGAUUGAGAAUCUUUUUAUUGAAACUCUUGAUAAAAUUAGUCUCAUUUACUCAUUAAUCGUUUCUGCCUUCAUGGCUAGUGAAGAGAUGAAAUGUUUAACUCUUUAAAUACAGUAAUACAACUAACAGUCAAUUGGUGUUUAACCUUUGACCCUGAACACCUGCUUAGAGAACGCCUCAGGUUCAACACGCGUCCCUGAACCCUCCACAGAAUGUAUUUCCUCCCAGCCGUCAUUACUGCGUCUGCUGAAUGUCGUGACGAACAAAUCAAAAAAUACAGAAAACAAACGGCGACUAAAUAUCCGUCACAGUAUCGAGACACUAAUUAAAUGCACUACUGACCCCCCCCCCCGACGACCAGGUUAACCCCCGUGAGCCGUAGUUUUGAAGCUUUAGUCCCGUCUGUAGGUUUUUGUUAUUUGUUUUUCUUGCAAUGUGAAUUUGAUUUUACAAGCUGAAGAAAGGUAGGUCUUUAAAUCCAGAGGUCCUACAGGUAAUUUAGUUACCGUUUUGUAACACACACAAACAUAAAAGCGCAAGACUUUGUACUAAUUUUCAAAAUAAAAGAGGCUUUGAUACUCCAAACAUC